CGUAUUCAGCUAUUGCAUAAACAAACAUACAUCAGCUGUCACUUUGUUACCAAACAAAGCGAACAAUGACCAAAGAACCGCUUAUGCAAGAUUGUUGACAUUCCGUCACAUCUCCGAUUCCUCCUCGCGCAACACAGGGAACUGUCACGGUGUCAGAGUGCGCGCAGGACAUGAAUUGCUGUUGAAGAGGAUCAUGUCCGCACAGUAAAACUGCCCCGAAAAUGCUGAAACAGGAGAAUCUCGCUGCAAACUUUUGCGGAUUAUUAGCUCAACAAGGUUUCAAAGACACUGCAAUCGAAUGGCGCAUUCUGGGCCAGGAGCAGGACGGCUCUCUGCUGGCAUCUUGGGUUUCUGUGACUUCCGAUCACAAUAAUUUCAGCAGCAUCGGCCUCUUCAAUGCGGGGCAGAAAACGUUCGAUAUUGUUUACAAGUUCGAUGAUGUUCAGAAUGUGGUUCAGGCCUCGAUUAAUGCGACACGAACCCUCUUGACGUACGUCUUGAAGGUGGCAAACCGGGUGGAGUCGGAGCAAGAAGAUGAAGAAGUCCUUUUCUAUCGGCCAUUCGUGGUGGAACUCAAGCAAGCCGAGAAACCAGAACCCACUCGGCUGCUCGAACUGGACAGGAGGAAGCAGGUGAUGAUGCAGUUUCUCUGGAAGAAAUUGGGGCCUUUGGACAAGAUACACCAAGACAAGUUGCUGGUCCUUAUACACGAGGAAGCCAUUUUAAUGUUUACUACGACAAUAAAACGCCGACGAAGAGAUGGUGACGUUUUAUCUAGGAUCGAUUUUUCCAAAGAGGAGUCUUGGAUGUUCGAUCCGAGUCUGUUGGUGAGCGAAUCGCUGGUGAGGAGCUUCACGUGGGCGCAAUGGGAUGCCACGACCCAAGCUCUCCACUACAUUCACCUGAAGCCAGCUACCAGAAGCAUCAGUUUAAUAGAGAAAGAAGAGGAGGAUAACGGCUUAAACCCGACGCUAUCAGCUUUUCAAUUCCAUGACGAUCUACCGACGGAGACCGUGCUCAACAUUCCGCUCAAUUUACCAAAACUACCCCAGACGCCCUCCGCCACCACCUCUGGAAGCGUUUACGAGGACGAUACUGUUCCACUCCGCAUCCAUGAUUCCUCCCUCAACUUGAUUAUCGUGUCCGAUGACUCGGGAAUGCUCUUUGUUUGCCACUAUUACUUGUACCAACCCAUUAAGCCGCCGCUUGAGGACGUGAACACCCCCAACACCGUACACUUCGCGUACUCAGUAACGAUUCUGCACUACGGAUGUGUGGUGCACUGUGUGAUUCCCGGAAUACCGUGGAAUAAAGCCAAACUUAUGAAACCAACUUUCAGUUUGCAUGGAGACCACCACAUGCUCGUAUUCCAGCCGGAUUUGUUUGUGCAUUUGUUAGACGUCGGCCCAUCGCAUGAGCCUUGCUGUCAUAUUGUCUGUCCGCCGUACAAUAAGCAGCAGCUUACUCAUCUUGUGCCAUGUAAGAAUUGGGGUUCGCUUGCGUAUGACUCUGCCACCCUUGAUCUCGUCUCGAUGACCAUCCCAAAGGCGCAUUUAAUCGAAGCUUUUAGAAAUGAUACGUCUGUCGACAAUCGCUUGAGUAUCGUGCACUAUUUCCUGGUGCAUUCCAAUGAUAUGGAUGUUUUGGGAGAAUUGCUAGGCAUUAUCAUGGAGCGCCCGUUAAGCCUAGAUACUGUCCCGUUGCUCAAAGAGGCUCUUGUGGCCGGCACGUAUGCUACAGCGAAGAAAGGUUUGCCCCAGGAAGCUCUUCCACUCACAAAGCUUCUUCCAUUGACUACAUCCAAUAUGCAGAAACCAAUUCAAGCCAAAGUUGCGAACCUUUCAGUUGGAUUGUCGCACGAAAAUUUGUGGAACACAACGAUGAUGCUGCUUUCGCCACAGCAGCGCCUGUCACCAUAUCGUGCGGAUAUUUGGACGAAAUUGUGGGAACGGUUAAAUGAUAACAACAAGGAGAGGAAACGCUUUACUGCUGGACAAGUUUCGGAGAAAUUGAUGUAUUCACUGGCAUGCUAUCAACCAGAAGCCCUAUCCCGCUGUACCACUCCACUCUCUCCAUCGGGAGUUGGACCUAGCAUGAGUGAGUUUUCGGCAAAUUCACGACGUGGGCAGAGCGAUGUGCUGCCGUUCGUAGAAGUUGAGUCAUGUACAGCUACAAAGCAGGAGCACGUCAUAUCGGUGAAUUUGCGAGAGUUAAGCGUACAUUUGGUGAAAAAUUCCGCCAAACAAAAUACCGGCUUUCGCUGGUUAAAGGACACUUUGUUCGAUCGAUCUCAGGCUCCGACCCAUGUACAUUCCGUUGCCUCGCAAUACGCCUCCGCUCAGUUGGACCUUUCUCGAGCGCUCUGCAUAUUCGUAUGUCGAGCAGCAGGAGUUGAUGCCCGCGUUGAAAAUUUGCGGGGAUUUCAACUGAUAGAUCAAAUGACGCACAAUCAGCAAUAUUCCCUAUUCAUGCCGCUGGAACGCUACUGCUUGGCUGUAGAAUCGAUUGCAUUCCCUUUGCCGCAAGGAUUCUCAUCGUUCUUUACGUAUCUAGGAUAUAGAGCUCUUCCUUUCGAAAUGUUCAUGCAAUACGUAUCAAAUCAUGUGUUUGAAUUACAAAUUGAUGCUAUGAAGGCAAUUAUCAACGAUAUCGAUGAUUCUAAAGAGGGAGUUCAACGUAAACUGGAAUUACUGUCGGUGCUUCCACGAUCUCGGGCCCAUCGCCUUUUAAAAAACUGGAAUCAUCCCGUCAGUCUGAUGAUACGCGGCCGUGAUCAUGCCGCCAAUAUUCUCUCUGGAAAUCCGGUGCAGCCGCGAAGUAAUUCAACACCGAGAAACAGAAGCAUGGAGCAAACAGCAAGAGUUCGCGUAAUAGAUCGGCCAUGUAGAAAGUUGUUUUGUAAACAAAACCACAAUCUCAGUGGAUGCUGUUUGCCACAUUCGAGAUUGCCGUUGCAUUCGGAUCAUCUUGUUUGGAAGUGCUGCCACGAAUGGAACAAUUCGAUCGUCAUCUGGUUUUGUAUUUAUGUAAUUAUUUCUACGGCCCUCGUCAUUUUAUUGACAUUCGAAUUAAAGCCGCAUCGAAACGACAUUUUCGAGUUGAUUUGUCGAAGUUUAGAUAAAACUCCCCAAGGGAAUUGCAGCGUUCCCGUCGGCCGAUAAAUUAUCUCCUUUGGAUACAUUCCUGGAUCUGUUGACUGCCAAGGCCAGUUUGAACGAAUUGGACUUCAAUCUUUUGAUUGAAACAACAGUUGCGUCAAUGGAAGACUUCACGAUCUAAGACAUUUUCCAUUUCACGUUCGUUGCUUUUUGUUUCUCUUAAGUACAAAUUAGUUUUAAUGUUUGUUCAGUGAUCGAAAUGGCUCAGUGCAAUAUGUAGAAAAGUUUCUUUCAAAAGCACACUUUAUACCAAAUUUUUGUAUUGUAUUUAGUAGUUUUACGUAAUUGCAUAUUCGUAAUUUGCAUUUAAUUUACAUUACGAAUAUGUUCGUUGUUGUUGCCAUUAGGAAACCAUAACGCAUUUGUAAGUUGAAAGGAUCACUCAUUCCAGAGUGAUUAACGUAAAUUAAUUUUUCUACGUAAUUUUCUUUUUGGUGGAUAUUCGCAGUUUUAAUUUGUAUUUUGGAAUAUAUUUGUAAAUUCCACUGCAAGGUAGAUAGUGUUAAGUUUUGAAAUGGACGAAUUUAUAUGAUGCUUGCCAAGCCUUGAGCGCAUUUUUGCAAUCCAAGUUCGGAUGGGGUUAUAUUGGGAGGAAGUAUUUCCUCGUAGCAGAAAGUAAGUGGAAGUAAAAUUAUUAGAACUUUUUCGCCAUAACAAUUCAGUGCAAUAAAAAUACUAAAAGUUAGUGAUACCAUUUUUCGAUGUAACUUAUAUAAUCAGAUUUGUUCCUUUUUUCAUUAUAUAUUCUAAAUAUAAAAUAAUGAAUGCUUCAA